UAACCCGGUCUUUUCUUUUCCUUUUUUAAUAUAUAUAUCAUUUUUUAAGCGAAUACGAAGUAUUUCGGAUCCUAUCGCGUUUUCACAGCAUCUACGAAUCGAUGUCAUUGAUACAAACCUGAAAACAUUCGGCGUUUAAACGGAUUAAAAGAUGUUUUUGGGAUGUAGCUUCAGUGCUAACUGGUUUUUAUCCGUUAUUAUCGUUGAUGUAACGGACAAAAUGUUCUAGCGACUAAAACACGGUAAAAAACGCCGCACUGAGUUAAUUAUUUACUGUAAUAGGUUGUGUGUUAAGUGAAUAACCACUGCUGGGUUUCUAUUAUCCAGCAAAACACAAACAAACAAACAAACAAACAUGAGGGUUAUUAAGGAAGGUUCUGUCUGUGUUUGAGUUCCUUUGGGUUUGGAGAUAGAAGGAAGGAAGGAGGAAAGAAGAUCGUUUGAGCAUCACGUCGUCUUUCACUGUCAUUGAUUUAACUACACUGAGAGCUUGUGAAGGACUGGGUGAAGAUGGCGACUGGAGCUGGAUGGCAGCAAUACUACAAUCCUCCUGGAAAAUACAGUGCUUCAGGUUCAGGCUUGAGCAUGGAGUACACACAGGACCUGCAUCUGAAGAUGAGCAAGAAGAUCGCACAGCUCACUAAGGUGAUUUACGCGCUCAACACAAAGAACGACGAGCACGAGGCAGCUAUCCAAACCCUGAAGGAGGCCCACGAAGAGGAGGUGCAGCAGAUUCUGUCUGAGACACGGGAGAAGAUCAUGCAGUACAAGAGCAAGAUCAGCGACGAGAUGGACCUGAAGCGGCGCAUCCAGUCGCUGGAGGAAUCCAUGGAGGUGCACGACAGGAUGAAGCGGCAGGCGCUGACCGAGUUCGAGUCGUACCGGCAGCGCGUGGAGGACAUGCAGCUGUGCACUGAGGCACAACACACACAGCGCGUGGUCAGCAUGUCUCGCGAGGUUGAGGAGAUGCGGCGCUCCUUCGAGGAGAAGCUGAGGGCCUUUGUUCAGGUGCAGGCACAGUUUGAGCAGGAGAAGAGACAGGCGCUGGAGGAGCUGCGCACCGCACACAGACAGGAGGUUCAGGAGCUGCUGCGAUCACACCAGAGCCAGAACGCCAACUACAGCAAAGAUCAGGAGAAGCUGAGCCAGCUGCACAAGCAGGAGGUGGAGGCUCUGACAGAGAGGGUGGAGGAGCUCAAGCAGGACAAGAAACGCCUGGUGGAGGAGUACGAGGCCAAGCUGAACAAGGCACAGGCCUUCUACGAGAGAGAGCUGGAGGCCAUGAAGCGCACGCAGCAGAUGACGGCCGAGAACCUGCUGGCCUGGAAGAAGACCGAGGCGGAGCUGAGGAAGGAGUUCCAGGCACAGGAGGCGGCGCUGCAGAAGACGCUGGGGAAGCUGCGCUCCGAGCUACAGCGGGUUCAAGAGGAAGCCAGAGAGAGCCAGGAGAAAUCGCACAAACUGCAGGAAUCACUAACCUCUGCUGAGAGCAACAUUAAGGACCUGCAUAAACAGCUGGAUGAGGUGACUCAGGAUGCAGAGAUCAUAGCGAUCAGGCAGAAAGAAGCCGAGUGCGAGCUGGAAGCCACCAGAGACAGAGUCCAGCAGCAGGCCACGGAGAUCCUCCUUAAAGCCAGUCAGAUCGGCAGCCUGCAGGCCACGCAGAUGACCCACGAGGCGGCCAUCCGCGACCUGGAGUCGGAGAAGUCGCGUCUGAAGGACAAGGUGUUACGUCUGGAGGAGGAGAGGGGAGCGCUACAGAGCAAAAGCCAGGCUUUGGACGAGAGGCAGAGGCAGCAGAUCCUUACGCUCGAUAAGAAUCUUCGGGAGGAGAAGCAGGUCUAUGAGAAGGAGCUGAUGAACCUGCGGAACAGAUAUGAGGAGGAAACCUCUCACUUCAGAGAGACUCAGAGCCGUGUGCUGGAUGAACUGUCCAAAAAACACAGGUCUGCCCUGGAGAACGCCCAGAGCUCAGCCGAGAAAGAGAAGAACAGACUGCUGGCCGAGAUGCAGCAGCAGUUCGAGAAGGAGCGAAGUUCUCUGGAGGAGCAGAAGAACAGUCUGAGGGAGGAGCUGGACAGUCUUAGAGAGGAGCUCACCACCAAGCUCAACAUGGCCAACAGUGAGGUGACCCAUCUUCAGGAGAUGGUGAAAGAAGGAGAGCAGAGCCUAGGAUCGGCUAAAGGACACAUCUCCAGCCUGAAGGAGGCUCAGGAGAAGCUUCUAGAAGAGUUAGAUGCCACACGGGCCAGACUGAGAGAGACCACCAAUCUCCUCGCAGCACUUCAGGGAGAGAUGGAAACUCAGAAGCAGCAGCACAAUGCCAAACUCAUCUCCACUAAAGAAGACGAAAAGCUCAAAAUGGACAAAAUGGCCCUGGAGCUGGAGCUGAAAUGGACUGAAACACUCAGGCAGGAGUGUAAGAAGCUGCGUGAGGAGCUGCGUGAGGAACAUGAGGAGGACAAGAGGGCAGCGCUAACACAGCUUGCUCAGGCCAAAGAGCAGGAGCUGGGCAGUGCACGAGAAAACUGGCAGAGGAAAGUGGAGGAUCUGCUGGAGCAGAUUUCUCUGUUGAAGCAGAGUCUGGAGAUGCAGCUGUCACAGUCACAACAUUCUCUUCAGCAGCUGCAGGCUCAGUUUAAUCAGGAGCGAGAGCACCUGGGCCAGCAGCUGCAGGAAUUAGAGUUGGAGCACCGGCGAAGGGAGGAGCGUCUGCGCGAGGCCCACUGCUGCGCCAUCCAUGACCUGCAGGAAGCACGCCAGCAUGACCUCAAGGAAUUGGAGGAGCGUCUGCGGCAGCAGCAUCACAUGGAGCUGCAGUCCCUAAGAGAAGCCCACAGGCAGAAAAUCGAGACGCUGAAACAGCAGUCGGAGCAGGAGCUGCAGACUCUACGCUUCGAGCUGGAGGACGAAGGGAAAGCCAUGCUAGCGUCUCUGCGUUCGGAGCUGAAUCAUCUGCACGCUUCGGCUAUAGAGCACCUGCGGCAGACUCAUCAGCAGGAGACUGCAGCUGCCAAGCAGGAGCUGGAGAAUGCCCUGGAGCAGAGCAGGAUACAGGAGCGAGAGCUGCUAAGUCGUAUCUCGGAGCUUCAGGAGGAAGUGACUCGCAGGAAGAACCACAUCGCCGAUCUGGAUCAUGAGAUCCACACGCUGAACGAGAACAUUAGCACUCUUACCAAGGAGCUGGAGCUCAAGGGCAAAGAGGUGCUGAAGAUCCGCAGUGAAGCUAACCAUCAGAUCAGGGCUCAUGAGCAAGACCUAUGUAAGAAGCAUGAGCGGGAGAUGGCUGAGCUGAACGCAAUUCACAACAGGGAGACGCAAAACAUGCUGUCUGACUUCAACAAAGCCCAGGAGCUGCUCAAGGACAAAAUCUCGGCCCUGCAGAUCCUGCUUGAAGGGACGGAGGAGAAGUUCAGGAACCGGGAGAGUAGGCCAGAAGAUCUGCAGGUGAUCGCUGAGCUCAAAGACAUGGUAACCGAGAGAGAAUCCUUGGUCAAGAAGCUGGUGGAUGAUAAGAAGUUCUACCAGCUAGAGCUUGUAAACAGAGAGACCAACUUCAACAAAGUGUUCAACACCAGCCCCAACGUCGGUGUAAUUAACCCUCUCAUUAAGCAAAAGCGAAAGAAUGACAAAUCGGCCACCCGAUUCAGCAGCUCGCCCAAUCUAAGGGCCAAUGCCGAGGCUGGGGGGACAGGAAGCGGGCCGCCCCAGCCUAAUCGCCUCGAACCCAUCCCCAACUCCCCCAUUCACCAGCUGGAGCUCAACACCAGCAAACCACUGCCCCCACCGACCCCUCCCUCCGAACCCAAGAAAUUCACGAGUGGACGAGCACGCCAGCAUGACGCUCACCUCUCCGCUCAUCUCCAAAACAUUUCUAACCACUUCUGCCGUAUCCCUUUUGAGAAACUGGAAAGAAUCCAAUGUGACACUGAGGAUUGCUUUUCUCUGAUAAACAGAGGGCGUGAAAUCAGGAAUAAGAAACCCAAAGCAUCAAUCGCACCCUUCUGAAACAUGUCAUUAACUCGAGUAAUGAAAGCCCUUGACCUUUUAAGCUCGCCGGCUUAAAGUAGGGGGCGGAGUGAAGAUUCGCCCCCUCCAUCAGCAUGACGUUAGAUUAGAAGAACUUUUUUUUUCUUUUUUCUUUUUGUCUCUGAGAGAUAUCGAUCAUGUCGUGGCAGAGAGCGCAGUUUGGUUUCUUUCCAGAUGACAGGAAAAAAUGGGAUACCUCUUCUUCACCUUAAUGUUUAUGUAUUAUUAUUAUUAUUAUUAUUAUUAUUAUUAGUCUUACUAUAAUAAAUGGCGUUGGAAUGCAAAAGGGAGCAUGUGUCCCCACCGCCAGAGUGCACGCUGGGAGUUGGUGUCUUUCUGUCUCUGUGUGAUAUCAGACUCAUACGUAGCAUCUCUAAAGUGCACUUUAAUGUCACCUGAUCUAAUAUUAAUAAUAAUAUUGAACUUGUUUGUUCAUUUUCGUUCUCUGUACGUACGAUUGUUCGUACAUUUGUGUGUACGUGUUUCACUGCAUUCUGCUCGGCAUGUCGUUUGUUUCUCUGUGUGUGUGUGUGUGUGUGUGUGUGUGUGGUGUGGUGUGUCAAGCAUGCGUGCUUUCGCAUCGUAUCUGGGAGCGCCGCUGUGCGAUUCUGCAUGCACGCUGUUCUGAAUGGGAAUGAAGCGAGCGAGCCGGAUCACCCUGCAUUGUUAUGGGACUCGUCCAGCUCCUCAAACACACACUCACAGGCUGCCAGGCUCAAAGCAGGACAAGCCCUCCUGAGACAGAAGACUCACCCCCGACUUCCCCGGAUACUCAAAGACAAGAGUGGUUCGCCCAGUACUUCACCUUCUGACUUUUAGCAUCUCCAAAGCAUGUCAGCCAAGCCAAAAGAGCAAACAAACACACACAAAACACAUAGAGAAAAAAAAAGCUAUCUUCAUCUUUUCAUCCUUCUAACUGUUCUGUUUUCUUUCUCCACUGUGAAUGGGUUUCUUGUUUGUACAGUGAUUAAUAAUAAUAAUCAUUAUAAGAAUAAAAUUAGCUAUGUUUGACAUUGCAUCUCAUGAUGAUGAUGAUGAUGAUGAUGACUUGUUAAAUGCAGUAUAAAGUCCUUGUCCUUCUCCCUGUAUCUUAUUUUAGAUUAUCUGCACUGUAAUGAGAGUUUGUUUACAGCUGCAUAAAUCCACUUUUGGUAGAAUUAAAACUGUUUGUAUGGUCGUCUCAACACAGAUACAAUGAUGUCUCACCAAUUUUAACAAGAAAAUGCAUAUUUUAUAUUUAUAUUACACUGUAUGUAUGCUUACAGAAUAAAUGACUAUUGUGAGAUUUAA